UCGAAUGUUCGUGCAACGAUCGAAAACCCAAUCAAAACCCUAACUCUACUACCUCGACAUUUUUCUAUUCCAGCGAAUUUGAAGUGCCUAAAGUCGAAAUUCAUUUGAAUUGGAUCUUGAGCUAUGCAGCUCACUCUCGAAUUCGGUGGUGGACUUGAACUUCUAUGUGAUUCGGUCAAGAUCCAUAACGUGAAUGUUGAGCCACAAGGUGAAGAAAAGAAGAUAACCGUAAAGCACUUGCUCUCGUGGAUCCGUACGAAUUUGAUUAAGGAAAGACCGGAAAUGUUUAUGAAAGGAGAUACAGUGAGACCUGGAGUUCUAGUCCUCAUAAAUGACUGCGAUUGGGAACUAAGCGGGCAGCUUGAGACGGUACUGGAAGAGAAGGAUGUUGUAGUUUUCAUCUCAACAUUACAUGGUGGCUAGGAUCUAUAUAAGCAAUUCUGUAUUACGUGGUGUAAAACAUCUAAAUGCUAAGCUCAAUCCUUUGCUUGUGAUGAAUGCUAAUCUGAUAUAUAUUUAAACCCAGAAGAAGUUAAUCUCUCUUCCUUGCA